CUCUCUGCAGCCUCCGUUGAUACUUCCUCUCUCGCGCGUGUAUCUCGUCAGUCGGCCCGGAGCCACGUGCGUGCGCUCUCCAACGGCUCCCGCAUGGGACACGCAUUGGACAGCUUCGCUUCGCGCCGGACGAGCCGCGCGACCUAUCCACCCGCAGCGGCCGAUGACAGAUGAACGUCUUCGCGCGAAGUUGGCGAAGGCAAGAAGAAGAAGAAAAAGACGACGACGAGGAAGAAGAAGAAGAAGAUCGUGAAGGGCAGGAGAAGCGGAGGUGGCGGAGGAGAAGGGAGGAGAUUGCACUACCGCGCGGCCGCUUCCCGGUUCAUUCGUCUUCGCUCUUCGUUUAUCAGCGCGAGCCAGCGAGAAAACCAGGAACCCCUUCGCGCCGAAGAAACGAGCCGCCUCUGUUACCGCGGACUCCGGAGAGAUAUCAGUGAGACACUUCUUGAUAACAGUCGCGGCCUGUGUGACACUUCGACGAGGUAGACGAUGGAUAAUCAAUCGAUAGAAUUGAGUUGAACUGAAGCGAUAGAACAAUCGUCCGCGGGAAAUGAAGACUCCGUCGACUCGCUCUCAUUGGCAGACUGAGGCUGUUCCAUGCGAGGCACCGGAUGAAAUCGCGAAAUAUUUCACUGAACCGAGCCUGACGAGACACUAACGUUUGCAUUUAGGAGAGUUCGCAAAUUAUUGACCUCCGGGACUCCCGUCCAUUAUCAAUAAGAAGAAAAAGAAGCGUGUAUCUGAAUUCAAAAUUCGAUUCGCGCCAGAGGGAACGUAGACCGGUGAUUCCAGUAGCCUGCGGAGAACAGAGCGAGAUUCGCACGUCGACUCGGAGGCGAGUCGAAAUAUCUCAGCGUAGGCUCAUCAUCGAUCAUCAAGCCUCUGCGCUGCGAGGGAACGCGGUAUGAUCCGCCAAUACACCGGCGUGCUUCGGGGAAGAACAAAGAUAUCGCCUUGGGCUGAGUGCGACUAGACUUAGGUGGCUCAAAGGUGAAGACAGACGGUCGGGAAGUCGGGAGAACUAAAAAUAUCAGCCGGCCCGGCGGUCGGCGGUCGCGCACGCGGCGGCCCCCAUCGUAUAUUCCUACGCUGGACAAUUUUACCGGCUGGAGCGGAGUGAUAUCUCCAUGAGACAAGGCUCGCCUUUAAUCUCGCGCUAGACUACCGUCGGCCACGUAGCCGUCGUUUGCUCUAAGAGCUCGUUGACUGAUCGGACUUUGGCGCGAGACGCGAGGCAGCCGCGCGACUCCACGGCACGAGAAUACUCAGACGGUCGUCGUCGACCGCUGAGGAAGCUGUUGAAGCUGCUGCAGUUGCAACUUUACCGUCGUCCGAAAACUGAGCCAUCCACAGGCGCAGGCUGUUCCUCCACUUGGGCCGUGAUCGUCCGAGCCGCGCUUGAUCGACGGACUUGUUCUCCGCGCGUGCGGCGAAACUCGGGGCUAUUUAUUCUUUCGGCCAUGGUGUGAACACCAGGCCAGUGCGCUAGAUCACCAUCCGGCAGGACGCGUCCGAACGCGAGACGCCAGUGUCAAGGCCAAGAGACUGUCGCGCGGCGGAAGGUCGUCGACGGAGGAGGAUCGGUCGGUCGGUCGGUCGGUCGCUCGAUCAGCAGCCAGCCGGCUGGCUGGUUGUCGAGUCUUGUAGCAAAGUCCGUUCAGUCUAACGUACGCACUCUCGCAUCGACGGUAUUUUACAGCGUGGUUGUUUGAAAUUCUUUGCGUGGAGUCGCACGCCCGUAUUUAUAGACUCGCGUGCACGCGCGCGCGCGCGCGACGACGCGGCACGUAGGGCCGUGAGCGCGCGCACUCACGCACUCGUGCGCUUCUCUCGUGCGAGUGCGAGGGGUAGGUAGACUUAACAGACAGGGUGCGUGGGGUACCGUGGAACACACCGAGCCGAGACACGACGCAGCCAGCGAACGGCACGUCGCGAUCAUGACGCGAUGCGUCCGCGACGGGAGUACCGGCCUGCCUCCUCCUCCUCCUCCUCCUCGUCUUCUUCGUCGACGACGACGAGCAGCGCGUCCCCGUGGUCGCCCAACUGUCUGCGUCGCCGUCUGCGACCCGUCCAUCUGACGGGCAUGAUCGCCACCCUCGCCGGCCCCGCGACCAUCCUACGAGUCUUCGUCAUCCUGCUCGCGCUCGGCCACGCGCUCGCCGCCGGGGAUCUGAAUGAGAACAAUACGUUCGUUUUUGGAGCUAAGGGCGAUACAAACUGCCUCCGUUCGAUCGAUCGGCUGUCCGCCGUGGAGCCUUUACCAAAGAACAGAGCGACGAAGUCGUCGCAUUUCACGGACUGGAGCGAAUGGUCAGUGUGCGACCGGCAUUGCACGCAGAAUCGCGUCAAGAGAUGUCGGUCGAGGAAAGGUUGCGGAACCACUGUACUUAGGGAAGAACGCGGUUGCGAGCACAAUAGGGAGGGACGACGAAGACGGUGCAAGCAACGCCAACGUCGGGGGCAUCGACGGAAGGACGAGAAGUUCCACGUCGUCCAACAGGUACCGAAGGAAGCGGAGCCUAGGCAAGGUAGACGCAAGGGUAAGGACAUCAAGGAGCACUCCGGCGGGUAUUACGGAAAAUGGAGCAAGUGGUCGCCGUGCACAAGAUUGUGCACUACUCAACGUCACAGAUGGUGCAGAAAGCCCGGUAUCUGCGGUCGCGACGUCAUACGAGAGAGCGCUUACUGCUACGUCGAGGGUAGUUUCUGUCAGAAAUGGAUCCACCGGAAAAUUCGCGGCAGCCACGAGGAGGACGGAGACGACUCCGUAUUGGACGAGUUUGAGCUCAAUCCCAACACCGUGGACGGUUUCGCCCCGGAGAAGAACCCGAACACUUGGAAAUGCGGGGUGACGAACUCGCAUAAAGGAUCCCGAUUGUCAUACUUUACCCGAAUCAUCGGCGGCCGUCCGACAACGCCUGGGAGCUGGCCGUGGCAAGUGGCUGUGUUAAAUCGAUUCCGAGAGGCCUUUUGCGGCGGAACGCUGGUGUCCCCAAAGUGGGUACUGACCGCAGCGCAUUGCAUCAGGAAACGUCUGUACGUGCGCAUCGGGGAGCACGAUUUAACAGUCAAAGAAGGCACAGAAUUGGAGCUUAGGGUGGAUUCCGUGACCAUUCACCCCGAAUACGACGCCGAUACGGUCGACAACGACGUGGCUCUACUUCGUUUACCAAUCACCCUGACCCCGUCCACGUCGAGGGGAAUCGCGUGUUUGCCUGCACCAAAGCAACCCUUGCCUACGAACCAUCUAUGCACCAUUAUCGGCUGGGGCAAGUCUAGCGUGACAGAUGAUUUCGGAACGGAUGUGCUCCACGAAGUCAGAGUUCCAAUAGUGUCCCCCGAAACCUGUCGAGAGGUUUACGUAGACUACAGAAUCACGGAUAACAUGUUCUGCGCCGGCUACCGCCGCGGCAAGAUGGACUCGUGCGCAGGUGAUAGCGGAGGACCUCUGCUCUGCAGAGAUCCCCGGAAAAUCGAUCACCCGUGGACGAUUUUUGGCAUCACUAGUUUCGGUGAGGGUUGCGGCAAGCGCGGUAAAUUCGGCAUUUACGCUAGAUUGCCCAAUUAUGUGCGCUGGAUAACACGAGUGAUGAAACAAGCGGACGAGUACACUUAGGGAGCACCACGAGUCAAGAUUUCGGUUCUACAUUAACUCUAUAGGUUCCGACGAAUUUGAGGUAUCGAUCUCGAUGUACAACGUUAUACAAGCUAAAUCCGAGUCGAAAUUUUGGAUCUGCAUUAAUCCUGCAAAUUCCGUCGAACUUGAAGGAUCAAUGGAGAAUCUCGAGAUGUGACAAAAUACAGAUUAUUAUUCUACCUUGACGCUGAAUCUGAUGCAUUUAUCUUAGAAUUACUUGAUAUCCGAUUAUUUCAAUCUUCUAUCUGCAUUUAAUCUUCAUUCCUAAUUGUAACGAGCAAUGUAUUAAUUGUAUAACUUAUUCAGCUGUAAAUAGAGUGAGAUAAGCAAAUAUUAAGCAAUUUAAUAAAGAUUAAGGUGUGUGAGGAUGAGUUAAAAGAAGCAACACAUUUUAGUUUUUAUAAUCUUGUUGCUUUUUCUUUCGGCGAUGAGUUUCGAUGUGUUUGAAGCUUUUAAAGAGCUGAAGAAGCUGUAAAAAUAAAGAUAACAGAGUUAUACGUCCAAUAAUGCUACUUACCGAUAGAGAUUUAAAUCGAGAUUCCGUAUUAUAACAAAAUUGAGAAAGAAAAAGAAAACAUUGACAGAUGUAAACAAGAUCGCAUGCUCGCGGUCCAAGAAGCAUUAUUGGACUCAAAAAUCGACACUUGAUUCUAAGAUCAGUAUUCAUAGCUGUAAAUAAUUUACUAUUUUUGACUGAAAGCAUAAUUAAUGAUAAAUUCGUACUCAUUGAGCGUUAUUCAGCGUUAUUCGUUAUUUGGAUCAAUGUGUCUUAUACGAAAUAAUGUAAAUGUAGCUAGUCGAAGAUUAAUAAAGCUUACUUAUCAAAUGAUGACAGACUAUGAAUACCGGUCUAAAUUUCGACUCGGGUAUCUCCUUAUCCUCGGUAAUUUUGUCAAACGUCCGUUCAAAUCGGAAACAUGUAUAAUAAAUGAUUUGACAUACUUGGAAA